GUUACAAAGGUAUAAAGUAAAAGUAUUAUAUUACCGACACUACAAAGCGCGGGAUUUGUGAGUUUUCUUAGAUAGCCACAUUUUCAUAAACGAACUGAGUUAUUCCUCGCUCGCUGAUUGGCUAUAAUUUCUAUCAAUAAGAAGCUGGACAGACAUAAAAUUUUUAUUUAUGCAAGACGGAACAUCCGCUUAAUACGGACACCCGUAUAUAACGGACAGUUUCUAAAAUUUACCCUUUUAAUACGGACACCGGAUAAUACGGACACAAUGGACACUUUUCUGUGUCCUGAGGCACAAACUCUGUCAACCCUGCUAUUUACAGGCACUGGCUAUCUGCGUACCGUCUAUUUUCCUUGUCACAAUCACGUGCUAUUUGUAGAUAUUUUACACUGUCCAAACAAUGACAGAUUUCUGGGAUUAAGUAGCAGAAUAGCUUGAUAUGUUUGAUUUUAAGUCAGUCUUUCUUUCCGUGUACUAUAUAGCCAUUUAAUAAUUACUACUCAAGUUUCACUUCCUUGGCUUUUCGGCGCAGUCAUUGUUCCUACCCUUCUUCCUCUUUGUCUGCCAUAGUCUUUAUAUCAAUACAAGAUGUUUCCGGGGCCUUUUUACGGAGAGCCCAGUUAAUACAGCCAUCCGCAUGAUACGGACGCCAUGGCAUGUCCCCUAAUGUGUCCGUAUUAACCGGGUUCUACUGUUAGUAGUUUCUUUUUGAAAGGCACAAUGUUUUUUUACUGAUCCUUUUUCCAAACUUUUGUUAAAGUAAAAAGCAAAUUGACGCCAGGUCUGCGGCAACAUUGCAAAUUUUUCUAAUACAUUCACUCACCUGGGGCUCGUGCUCGUGGAUCCACAACACUUUGACAAUGUCAUGAUGCGAUGUUAUGAUCAAUAAGAGGACAGACGAUAAAGAAACUAGCGUCAAUGUGAUGAAAUAAGCCAAUUUUAGUGCAUAAAACUAGAAAUACGUUUUCGCAAAAAUGUCGCGAAGCUAACGGGGUCAUCAGUGAGAAUUAACAGUAAAAAGCCAAAAGGUAAAAAAACGAUGAAAGAAAAAAAAAUGGAAGUAGACACGCCGGGGUUGGAACCCAGUUAAACCCCAACUUCCUCCAGCGAAAAAGUGCGGCCUCUGACGACUGGGCCAUGCGACCUGCGCCGAUAACUCAUCAAAAUUGAUAGCGAUGAAGUAUUUUUCUCUGCCAUUCACACUGUUUGAACCUUAUGGAGCUGUAUUUAUCAUGAAUUCAAGAUACAUUUGAGGAAAAAUAGGUCAAACGAGUAUUUCAAAACCAUUUCGCAUUAUUUCCGUGUUUAUUCACUCUCGGGCUUUAAAUAGGCCGCUUGAUUAACGGAGUGGUCUUCUUCUUCGCUGCUCUCGCUGAAGUUCAGGUCAACGUUCUUUCGGUGUUAAACCUUCCACGGCAAGGACUUCCACUUGUCCAAUUGGGCACUGUUGUGUUUGCAGCUCGCUGUUAUUUGCCUCAGAAAUACUUUGCGAUUCGCCAGCGUACAGUAAACAGAGGAUGGAUAAAAAGACGCUGGCCGUGUUGCCUGGAAACCCAAAAUGCACGAUGACGUGCAUUUGGCGUCUUUAUUAUUUGUUUAUGGCUUGUUGCUAGGCAACUGCGGAUACCAAACCGAUAGAAAGAUUUAUGACCAAAGCGAAAUCGCAGCUCGCUUGCGAUCCUCAGGUAAUCCGCGCGCUGCGCGCGCGACAAAAUUAUACACUCGCUCCGCAAGAACUUCAUGUCCACCUACCGAUAGGUGUAACACUGCUGCAACUGGGUGGUUGAAUGGUGGACACCCUACAGUAGCAGACGGUCAGGUCAACAGGACGGUGUGUUUUCACUAUGUGACUUCAGGCUGCUGUGAAUGGUCAACAAACAUCAAAGUGAGAAAUUGUGGUUCAUAUUAUGUGUACUAUCUUAGUGGUACACCUACUUGUAAUCUCGGUUAUUGUGGCACUAACUAAAAACAAGGUGCAAG